AUGCAACAAGCUUUAUCAAAACCUCCUAAACUCUGUCAAACAAUUCCACCUCGACCCAUUAACAAUGUUGAGGAUUUUACUAUACUAUAUAUCGAUCAAAAUAAAGAGAGAGAUCUAAGUCUUCUUCGUCAUACAGUAAAUUUUAUACGUAUAAUAAAUGAUCCAAAUACAUUAGCAACAUUGCUGACAGCCUGUGAAGACGAAAAGUACAUUGUUGUGAUGUCUCUUAAUCAAGCUGAAUCAAUUCUUCUCGAACUUCAGCAGCACAAAUGUAUUCACUCAAUUUAUUUUAUAUCCCAAGAGACCCAUCCACCUGUAUGGAUCAAUGAUUAUGGCAAAGUUAUCGGACUUUAUCAAAAUGUUGAAUCAAUUCAUGGUCAUUUAAUCAAAACAUUAUCUCACCUUUCUUCUCGAGUGAUUUCAAUGGAAAUUACAUCGAAAGAUACUAUAUUGAAUCUGCCAUUUACCUAUCGUCAAUUACUGAAAGAAAUAAUCCUUUGUGAAGAUGACAAAAGUGAUUUAAGAAAAGAUAUGCUGGCAUUUUGUCGUAUUCAUUAUGUCGAUAGUCAUGAGAUCGAUGAAUUUGAAAAAUCUUUUGCCGAUGCACAUAGUAUUCAAUGGUAUACACAGAAUUCUUUUUUGACAAAAAUCUUAUCACGUGCAUUUCGUACACAAGAAGUUGAUCUUUUAUUUAAAAUGCGUUAUUUUAUUCAAUGUCUUCAUAAACAAAUCCAAUCGAUUUCUAUCAAAGAAUCAACCGUUACUUAUGCUAUUUUAGAUGUCGAACAAGAAACCAUUGAAAAAUUUCAAGAAAAUAUCAAUGGACUAGUUUUAUUCGGUUCAUUCCUUCCCACAACAUUCGAACCACCAACAUUUAAUGAAUAUCAAAAUAAAGACACACAACAAUAUCUUGUCUUUUCAAUUCGACUUGGACCUAACUGUGCAGCUAAUAUCGAACAAUUACGUUCCUCCAACUGCAAAGUCGAUAUUUUGAUCGAUAUUGAUACUAUUUUUCGUGUAGUUUCUAUGGAUGAAAACGAAAAUGGAAUUCAUACAGUAUACUUAGAAUCUGUUUCCCAUAAUGAUUCUCAUUUUCAACAAUUAACUGAAUCUUUACGCAAAGCAAUGAAUGCACCAGUAGUCAUUUUAAAAUUGACAAAGCUUUUUCUAGCGACUGAUCAUUAUAAGGAAGUUGAUUAUCUUACUGAAUUAAUUUAUCAAGAUAAAUCUUUUGAGAAUGAUAGUACGUUAUUGACGAGUUUAGCUGCUGCACAUCAUCUUUUAGGCAAUGUUGAUGAAACUAAUACAAACUAUGAAGCAGCACGUUAUCAAUUCUUUAAAUCAUUACGUGCAUUUCAACUAUUUUUACCUUAUAAUCAUCAAGUGUUAUCGUCUACUUACAAUACUAUCGGUAGUAUGUUCUAUCAAGAUGAUCAUCAUCAAUGUGCAAUUCAUUUUCAUGAAAUGGCUCUUGAAUGUCAAUUAAAAGCAUCAGAUCCUGAUCCGGAUGCUGUAGCAAUAUAUUCGACAAAUAUUGGUGCAGUUUAUAUAGAUCAAAAGAAUUAUAUUGAAGCAAUGAAACAUCUAAAAAGAGCAGAAAUGAUUCUUGAGAAAGUAUUGACAAAAGACAAUGCGAAACAUUUGAUUUCGAUUUGUCAGAGAAUUUCCAACUGUUUUUGGCGCACAAAAGAACCAAAAGAAGCAUUGAAGUACUAUAAAAAAACAUUGGAUCUUCAACUUAAAUUACCCAAUGUAUUACCACAUCCAUUGUCUAUCACUUAUUAUAAUCUUUCAACUGCUUAUGAAAGUAUUGGUGACUAUGAUCAAGCUGUGAUAUGUGCAGAAAAAUCGGUCGAACAACUGAGGAAAAUCUCAGAAACUCAUCCAGAAUUAAAAGAAAAUCAAGCUCGAUUAGAGAUUGUUCGUCAAAAACAAUGGCUCAAACAAGCUUUAUUUUCCUAG